UGCGUGCGCGUGUGUGUGUGUGUCCACCCAGGCGCUAGGCUGGGCUGGGCAUUUAUUUUUUUUCGCUGGAAAAGAAGCGAGCGAGCCUUCACUGAGGGGGCCCCGCGUCAAACAUGGCGCAAUACUGCUGAGGGCCCCAGCAGAAGACAGACCGGACUGACCGACAGACAGACGGACCGGACCGGACCGACGCAGCGAGCGGGAGCCAUGGUCGUGGAGGAGGUCGUGAUCACGCUGUCCGGAGGGGCGCCCUGGGGUUUUCGGCUGCAGGGUGGAGCCGAACACAAGAAGCCGCUGCAGGUCGCCAAGGUGCGGAAGCGCAGCAAGGCGUGCCGGGCGGGGCUCCGCGAGGCGGACGAGCUGGUGUCCAUCAACGAGAGCCCGUGCGGCGGGCUGUCCCACGCCCAGGCCAUGAACCUGAUCGACAGCAGUCCGGGGACCCUGCACAUACGCGUCAGAAGGGCUCCCGCAGGAUUCCAGUCGGUGGUGCUGCUGACCCGGGCUCCCUCCCCGCGGAUCGACAAGGAGUACCGGGCGGCCCUGCGCGCCAUGUCCCCCCCCGGGGGCCAGCAGGGGGCGCCGGAGGAGCACAGGAGCCGGGAGGGGGUGACGUCGCCGCAGGGCAGCGAGGCGUACUACGGCGAGACGGACAGCGACGCCGACGUGACGCAGGAGAGGCACCGGCGGCCCAGGCGCCGCAGCCCCAGCAACUCGCCCGGCAGGGGCCCCCCGGACCGGGCCGCCCCCCCCGACAGGGCCUCCCCCGAGGAGGCCAACGACGCUGACGGUGGCGGCGGCGGCGGCCCCGGCGUGGCCCGCCGGGAGGUGGUGUACCAGCCCCCGCAGGGCGAGUGGUCCUCGUCCCUGACAGAGACGUCCGCCGAGAACUCCUCGCUCAGCGCCGACGACCAGGGGCCCCGGGACGGGGCCGCCGAGGAGGACAGCGGCUUCCAGGAGCCCCACACCCUGCCCCCGCUGGUGUCCCCCGAGCGGGCCAGGGGGGCCCUGCAGCUGGCCUCCCGGAAGCAGCUGGUCCCCAUGGUGGGACCCGUGGACAACCCCGUGGACGAGGAGCUGACCGUCACAUACAUGGACAAAGCCAAACAAGCCAAGCUUCACCGUGGCGACAGCCAGCAGGAGAAGCAGGUGAAGGAGGCCCGCACCAAGUGCCGCACCAUCGCCUGCCUGCUGACGGACGCGCCCAACCCGCACUCCAAGGGCGUGCUGAUGUUCAAGAAGCGGCGCCAGCGCUCCAAGAAGUACACGCUGACCAGCUUCGGCUGCGUGGAGGAGGACGCCGCGCCCCAGGACUCCCACGAGGAGGAGGAGGAGGACGGCGUCCUGCCGGGCAGCGAGUCCGAGUUCGACGAGGACGGCCUCCCCGCCGCCCCAGACCCCACCUGGGACAGCGACUACCUGGAGGCGCUGGAGAAGAAGGCGUCGGCGGCGGGGCCGGGGGCGGGGGAGGGCGGCGGGGCGGAGGACCCCGGCCUGACCGCCACCUCGGGGAAAGGGGCGCAGCUGUUCGAGCAGCAGCGGAGGAGGGCGGCGGAGCACGCCAUGCGGGCGGCGGCCCGGCAGCCGCAGGCCCCGCCCCCGCCGCAGCCCGCGGAGGCGCGCGCCGUGGGACCGCCCCCAGCGGAGGCCGGGGCGCCGCCCCCCGCCCCGGCGCAGCCCCCAGCCCCGCACCCCGCCGUCGGCAUGGUGAACGGGGACGCCGUCGUCGUGGAGAGCCCCGUGGCGAUGGCGAUGGCCAUGACGAUGGCGAUGGCGGCGUCCCCGGCCGCCCCGCAGGCCUCGUUCACCUCCCAUCUGCUGGCCUCGCCCCCCCCGUCGGAGCUGCCCGAAAUGCCCGCCAGCAACGUCCUGAACAGGACCGCCCGGCCCUUCGCCCCCGGCUUCAUCAGCCACCGCGCCUCUACCGCGCCCGUCGUCUUCCGGCCCAACGCGGCCAAGAAGCCCCGCCCCGCCGCCGCGCCCAUGGCCGUCCCGCCCCCUCACUCCUCCCCCUCUCCCUUUGAGAUGCAGCCGGAAGCCACGCCCCCCCUCCCUCCCGUCUUCUCGGCCCAGCCGGUGCCCACCUGGGCGCCCCGGGCAGUCUCCGCCCCUACCACGCCCACGGCGGCCCACCACCCCGGCAUGCCCCGCCCCCCUCUUGUCAUGACGACGCAGCCGAUCUCCUUGGCGCCGCCUCCCGCCGCCCGAGAAAUUUCGGUCUCCCCCGUCGCGGCCUCGCCGAUCGCGGCCUCCCCCGCCCCCGCCCCCGUGGCUCCUUACCAGCAGGGGGCGGAAGCGGCGGCGGGCGGCCGCACGGGCAUCCUGCAGGACGCGCUGCGGAACCGGCCCCGGAAGGCCCUGUUCACCCGCCAGGAGGAGAAGAGGAGCACGCCCAACCCCCAGCUGCUGUCCAUGGUGCAGAGCCUGGACGAGGGGCCGCGGGGGGGCGGCGGCCCGGACCGAGGGUUCGAGUCCUGCCCCGAGGACGACUCCUUCAACCUGGGCGCCGAGGCCUCCGACUUCUCCCGGGGCAGGCUGCCCCCGCCGGUGGCCCCCAAGCCGCGGGUGGUCCCGGCGGCCUCCGCCAUCGGCCAGGGCGAGGGCAGGGGGGCGGAGCUGUUCGCCCGCCGACAGACCCGCAUGGACCUGUACGUGGUGGACAACGCCCCCCAGCACCCCCCUCCCGUGACCCCUCCCGUCCGGUCCCGCGACCCCUCCCCCACGCCCUCCCUCCCCGCCCACUGGAAGUACUCGCCCAACAUCCGGGCCCCGCCGCCCAUCGGCUACAACCCCUUGCUGUCGCCCUCCUGCCCGCCGGUGGCGCAGCGCGGGCCCAAGCCGUCCGAGCCCAAGGCCGCGAAGAGGGGCGGGCGGCCGCAGCGGGACGGGAUCCGCGCCCUGGACGCCAUGCGGAGGCAGCCGUACCAGCUCAACCCGGCCAUGUUCAGCUUCGCCCCGAGCCCCCAGCCCGUCGUCUCCCACCGGGAGGGCCCCACCCUGGUGGGCAGCUCCCUCAGCUCCCCCCGGCAGGUCCCCGUCAAGACGGCGAGGGCGUACGAGAUCAGGCGCUUCUCCACGCCCACGCCCAUGUCGGCGCCCGCCACCCUGACGCCCACCGUCAUCCCGCCGCGCUCCGCCACCACCCUCGCCGAGCCCCUGUGCCGCCCCGACCUGGCCUCGCCGCCCCCGCCGCCGGCCCCGCUCGCCCCCGCCGCGCCCCCUCACCGCCCCGCCCCGACGGGAGCCCUGCCCCAGCUGCCCAGGCUGUCGUCCGGCCCCGUCCAGAGCUCCGCCCCCUACCCGGCCCCUCCCACGGCCUCGUCCAGCCUGGUCUACGGUGGCCUGCAAGGGGCCAAGCAGUUCAAGAGCGCCCCGGAGCUCUUCCCCCCGCGGUCGGCCACGGUGCAGGUGGCCAAGCCCCGCUUCGUCGCCUCCAGGAUGGGCAUCCAGGCCAACGUGUGGAGGCCCGGCUUCAUGCACUACUGAUGGGGAUGCUGCACCGUAGGAGGCCUCUCACCACCCCGGCACUCCCCUAUGUGACGGUUUUCCCCACAUACAGUAUGUGUGGGAUUUACAAAGUGGUAAACCACUAAAGGCAAAUAUCCAUGAUUUCAAUUGGAGCACACAAAAGCCACAUGAGAGCAAGUGCUUUAGGGUUGCCUGUUCACAGCAAUGCAGAGGUUAUGGUGUGCAUGCUAUAAUAUUGUUCAAGUAACGAUUUGAAUCACUCCCAAAAUAAAAAAGAUUAUCAAGCCA